AUGUCGCAUAAUCCAAAUCCAAAUGUUGAUAACUCAGGUUUUAACUAUCCAAGUGCAGCUGGUAAGGCAACAAAUACUGACCAAACUCAUGUUGGUAUUAUGCCUACAGCGAAUUCUUCAACUGCUGAAUCAUCAUCAUCUGUUCCUAUGACAACAACAUAUCCGACGCAAACUCAUAUAGGUCCAUCCAUUGAUAUACAUCAUGGUCAAUUAGGUGGUGAACAUGGUGGAUCAGGAACAAGAACAGAUGAUCGCAAGGGUGAAACUGUUAAAAAUGAAGGUGAUACAACAACAUCAACUGCUCAACAUACAGAUCCAAAUUCAUAA